AUGGGUCCCUGUACGGCCUCCCAUUGCUGCUGUCUCCAUCGCCUCACUCUGCCAUGUGCCACUUUCAGGUCUCCUCACACUGCUGGUGGGUUCCAUUUUGUCAUAGGGUUGCUGUAUGGCCUCCCAUUGCUGCUGCCUCCACCGCCACACUGUGGCUCCAAACACUGGUUUUGGCCCCGUGACUGCCCAAAUGUGUGAAGUGUGCGGUGAUUUCUAAGAUCGACGGCACUCAUCUGCAUGUCAUACUGACUGACAGUAUUAUUUCUCUUCCCCAGCAGACUCCAAGGGCAUUUAAAUUAAAGGUACAGUGUUCUGCACUAAUAUUA